CGUUCCCCGCCCUCGACAUGUGAUCUGGGCGCUCAGUCGGUCAGAGAAACAUGGCGUCCUCUGGAGGCGUUGCAAGGACCUUGUGUAGAUUGUAUUACAGAUUCUCUGUCUGCCGGCAAUGUCAGCGGCAGGUCCCAAAUCCGAGCAAAACAAACCGCUUCGCAGUCUCAACGAGACUCUACAGCGAGCAAAGGAGCACUCAUUUCGGGUUCGAGACUGUGUCAGAGGACGAGAAAACAGAAAAGGUCUACAAGGUGUUCGAGAACGUGGCCCAGAAGUAUGACGUCAUGAAUGACGCCAUGAGCCUGGGGAUCCACCGGCUGUGGAAGGACGCCCUGAUGCACCUGAUGAGCCCCACGCCCGGGACCUUGCUAUUGGAUGUGGCGGGAGGCACAGGUGACAUCUCUUUCCGAUUCCUGGAUUACAUCCGGUCCCGUCAGGAUCGAGAGGCGCGCCGGGAUACCCUGUCCCGUCAGAGCGCGUCCUGGCAGGAGAUCACAGAGGCGUACCAACCCGGCCAGUCGGACACUCAAGGAGGGGUGCAGGCCGUGGUGUGCGACAUCAACAAGGAGAUGCUGAAGGUGGGGAGGCAGCGGGCAGCGGAUCGGGGCUAUGGCACAGGUCUGUCCUGGGUGGUGGGGAACGCGGAGGAGCUUCCUUUUGACAAUGACAAGUUUGAUUUUUACACAAUCGCUUUCGGGAUCCGCAACGUCACGCACAUCGACCAGGCUCUGCAGGAGGCACACCGGGUUCUGAAGCCUGGAGGGAGGUUCCUGUGCCUGGAGUUCAGCCGUGUUUCAAACCCGCUUCUGUCCAGGGUCUACGAUGCCUACAGUUUCCAGCUCAUUCCAGUGCUGGGGGAGGUGAUUGCUGGGGACUGGAAGUCAUACCAGUAUCUGGUGGAGAGCAUCAGGCGCUUCCCAGACCAGGAGGAGUUCAAGGCCAUGAUUGAAGACGCCGGCUUCUUCAAAGUCCAGUUCCACAACCUGACCGGCGGAGUGGUGGCCAUUCACUCGGGAUUCAAACUCUGAGUGCGCGGCAGCAGCUGUGGGAACGCCUGCCUCCUCGGAUACUCCCUGUCCUGGCUUAACGGAGACGACAACAUGCCGACUGGCCUGAAGAGCGUGGCUUUCGGUUUGCGUUCAGAACUGGUCUGAAACGUAGCAGAGUGCCCAGUCAAGACUGCGACACAAACUGAAACACAAAGCCGAGCAAAAGAAGUGGGAGAAAACGGUAGUCAAAAGAGCAAGAAAAUGGAAACCUUUUUUUUUUUCCUGGUAUUAACAGCGCUUGUCAGAUACCAAGUUUUCAACAUAAAUAAAUAAAACGGGUUUUGUUGCUUGAUGUUUGAAAGAGAUAAUUUGCGCAAUUUGAGAAUAAAAAGUGGAUUUUUAUAUUUA